CGCAGCACGUUUUGUGCACGUUGGAGCCUCCCUGAGCAGCACACGUAGCCGACUGCUGUGCAGGUGUUUUGCAUAAGGGAGCCCCUCGCUUUCGUCUUAAUAUUGUGCCAGACGCUACCUGAAGUCAUGGCUGACCAGGUGGCCGCCGUGUGCGAUCAGCUUAUCAAAGCUGUGAAUGUGAUGAUGGAUGCAGAAACAAGCCAAAUUUACCGACUGGAGGCCCUAAAGUUUUGUGAGGAGUUUAAAGAGACAAGCUCCUUCUGUCUCCCAUGUGGCUUACAAUUAGCCGACAAAGCUCAGCCAGCUAUAGUGAGACACUUUGGUUUGCAAAUCCUGGAGCACGUCGUCAAGUUCCGAUGGAACAAUAUGCAACAACAAGAAAAAGUCCAGUUAAAGGACUGUGCCAUGCAGCUGUUAUCAAACGGUACUCAUUCUAUCCUGGAGGAGGAGAGUCACAUUAAAGAUGCCCUUUCACGAAUCAUAGUGGAAAUGAUAAAGCGAGAAUGGCCUCAACAUUGGCCGGAUAUGCUGAAAGAGAUGGAGGCUCUCACAAGCCAAGGGGAGGCACAGACAGAGCUGGUGAUGCUGAUCCUGUUGAGGCUGGCGGAGGAUGUGAUCACCUUCCAGACGUUGCCCGCACAGCGCCGCAGAGACAUCCAGCAGACGCUCACUCAAAACAUGGACAACAUCUUCAGCUUCAUGAUGGCCAUUCUGCAUCUUAAUGUUGAAGACUACCGUAAACUGAAAGGGUCACCAGGACACGAAUUGCAGACUAGAGCUCACUGUCGAGUCGCCGUGACUACGCUGAACACACUAGCGGGCUACAUAGACUGGGUGUCACUGGUGCACAUAACUUCUGGAAACUGUCAUCUGCUGGAGAUGCUGUGUCUGCUGCUCAGUGAGCCGGAGCUGCAGCUGGAAGCAGCAGAGUGUCUGCUCAUCGCCAUCAGACGGAAGGGUAAGCUGGAGGAUAGGAAGCCAUUCAUGCUGCUCUUUGAUGAUGUGGCCAUCCACUACAUCCUCUCUGCAGCCCAGUCAGCAGAUGGACUAGCGAUAUGCAAGAAAUCCUCUGAUGCACAAGCAGUGGAGGUGGUGGAGCGACGUUACAGCUUCCUGAAGAGGUUGUGUCAGGUCCUCUGCGCACUGGGAAACCAGCUUUGUUCGUUAGUGGGUUCAGAUGUAGAGGUUGAGGUACCUGCAAAUCUCAGCAAAUACAUGGAAGCCAUUUUAGCCUUUACUACACAUUCCAGUCAGUUUUUGAAGUCGUCCACUCUGGCUACUUGGGGAGCUUUAUUCAGACAUGAGACUCUGUCAAAAGAAGCGGUUGUUGUGGAGAUGGCCGUCAAAUACCUCAGAGCAUCUAUGACCAACCUAGUCAAGACUGGGUUUCCAUCUAAAAAUGAUAACCCAAGUUGUGAGUACUCCAGGGUGGACUUUGACAGUGACGAGGACUUCUACUCAUUCUUUAAUUCUUUCCGAGCGCAGCAGGGAGAGGUGGUGAGGACUGCGUGUCGCAUUGUUCCUCUGGAAGCUUUCCAGAUAGCAGCAGAAUGGUUGCAGUAUCAGAUCGCCAGCCCUAUUGACACCGGGGAUACCACAUCUAAGACUGCUGAGGGCCUGUGCUCCUUCCUGUCUCCAUCAGUGGUCCAGUGGGACGCAAUGACUAUCUUCAUGGAGUGCAUGGUCGCACAGAUCUUCAGAAGCCUAGGGGAAGAGAAGUUGCCCAUAGAUCAGAGCAUGGAGCUGCUGCAGGCCGUGCUGAACUACGAGACCAAAGACCCGCUCAUCUUGUCCUGUGUACUCACCAACGUCUCCGCUCUGUUCCCGUUUGUCAUACACAGACAGCACUUCCUGCCACAGGUCCUCUACAAGCUGUUUAAAGCCAUCACGUUUGACGUCGGUCAUGAAAAUAAGGCACCUCGCACCCGAGCUGUCAAAAAUGUGAGGAGGCACGCCUGUUCUUCCAUCAUCAAGAUUUGCCGGGAUUACCCACAGUUCAUUUUGCCUUGUUUUGACAUGUUUUACAAUCAUGUGAAGAAGCUGUUCUCCAAUGACGCCACGCUGACUCACAUGGAAAAAUGUUCACUGAUGGAAGCUCUGGUGCUCAUCAGUAACCAGUUCAAAGACUUUGCCAAGCAGAAAGCCUUUUUAGAUGAACUGAUGGCCUCUGUGGUUGCAGACUGGACCUCAGAAGAGAUGAGGCAUGUGCUGUGGGACCCUGUGGCGUUCCUGUCCUUUGUUGGAGCUGAUCAGGUGGUCACUGAGCAGAGUAAAGAUACAGACACAGCAGGCUUUAAUAGAGGGCGGUUGAGUUUCUGCUUGUAUGCCAUGUUGGGCGUAGUGAAACGGGCACGUUGGCCUGCAGACCUGGAGGAAGCCAAGGCUGGGGGCUUUGUGGUGGGUUACACCCCAGCUGGAACUCCCAUCUACAGAAACCCCUGUACCGCCCAUUUCCUUCUCUUGCUGCCCAACCUGCUGGCUCUAAUCAGGACUCACAACAGUCUGUUCUUGCCAGAGAACAGGGCUCGUCUGAGUGAGACCUUCUCCAGAGCCCACGAGGUGAUGGAUGCAGAGAAAAAUGUGAUUCUUGGUCUCUCUCAGCAUCUCCUGGAUAUUCAUGACACUCCUUUGUAUAGAUCCAACCUGGAGCGGAUGCAGGGAUUUUUCACCACAUUGAAUGACAACUGCUUCCACGUCCUGGGAAAUGCAGGUCUGUCCCUGCAGCAGGAAUUCUACACCAUUGAGAGGUUGGCUGAAGAAAUAGCUGCCUCUGCUUUCGUCUCCCUCGACCAUGUGCCUGACCACAGACUUCGUCCUAUGAUUCGUGUGUUUCUGAGGCAGUUGGUGCUAUCAUGUCCUCAGGAGUACUACGACAGUCUCCUCUGCCCCCUGUUGAGCCCUCUGUUCGCCUACAUGCUGCAGAGUCUCAACAUGAAGUGGCAGGUCAUCAACCAGAGGACUUCUGUCAAUGAUGAGGAGGAGGUGGUGUGCCAUGACAGUCAGGUGACGCAGGAGAUGUUGGAGGAGCAGCUGGUACGCCUGCUCACCAGGGAGGUGCUGGAUCUUCUCACUGUGAGCUGUAUUUCAAGAAAAGUGCCUGAACCAGCAGCAAAUAAGGAGGAAAUCGAUGAGGAAGACAUGAUGAUGGAUUCAGUGCAGACGGCGUCUUCUGCACAGCCCACAGAGGAGCUGACUGAGCUGGGAAAAUGCCUGAUGAAACACGAGACCAUCUACAUGAACCUGCUGACCCUUUCCUUCACCUCGCUGUCAUGGAAGGACACAACUAACUGUCACCGAACUGCUUCCAUGGUCUGCUGGACCCUUCUGCGGCAGGUCGUAGGGGGAAAUCUUCUUCCUGAGGCGGUUACAUGGUUCUAUACCAGCGUUCUGAGGGGCCUUCAAGUUCAUGGGCAGCACGAAGUCUGCAAAUCUACCCUCUCUCAGCUGGCCAUGCUCAUCUAUGAAAACCUGCGGCCUCGUUACAUUGAGCUGAGAGCAGUGAUGACCCAGAUCCCAAACAUCAAUGUGGAGGCUCUGGACCAGUAUGACCACAGGCUGAUGGACCCCAACGCCCAGAACGUCGGAGACAAGAAGAGGAAAGACCAGUUCAAGAAGCUCAUUGCAGGAACUAUUGGGACAGCUCUGUGCCAGCAGUUCAGGAAGGAGGUUCAUAUCCGGAAUCUUCCAUCGCUCUUUAAAAAGCCGAAGCCAGACAAGGAUGUGCAGAAAAGCGAAGCACUGGGCCUGGCAGCUCUCUUCUCCCCGGAGAAUAAUACCCUGUAGGAACACAUAAUGGUUCUAAUGGACUUUCAUACUGACUGAAGAAAGAGUUAUGUGUACACACCAGGGUUCCCUCAACAUCCUCUAGACAGGACGGUGCGCACUACCCGACAUAUCUGUCAACACUGCUGUUCUUCAAUUUAUUUUAACCCUCAUUGUUCUGCUAUAAAAUGCAUUACUGCUGCUAAUUUGCUGUGUUACACAGCACCACUCACACAAGUAGUAUUUUUCCACUAGUCAUUUGUGCCGGCAAGUAUCACACAGCGGAUACCAAUGAAGGAUGUGUGUAUAUAAGGUUAUGGAAAUUUUUAGGAAACAUUUCAGAUUGAAUCUGUUUGUCAGAUUGUGUAAAGAGACCAUCUUAAAAUAGCAGGCUAACCAUUAAGAUACGCUCUGCAGCAAAAGCUCUAUUCAGCCACAAAACUACAUUGAAAUAGGACAAUUAUGUAUUCUGUCAGUUUACUGUGGGCCUUUUUUCUUUUCAAGGGGCAAUAUUUGCCCAUUGCCAUCAUGCAAACUAAGCAGGUCAUAGAUUUAUGCGACUAGGGAGACGCACUAAGAGCUCAGCUGUGGUCUGAAAGAUAUUCAGCAUAGAAAUGGGUAUUUAAUGAUAUCCAUACGAGCAAAGCCAGUAUAGCCAAUCGUUGCACGAGUAGCCUGUUAGCAUGCUUCGAAAGAAAGUGUGUGUGUGUAGCUUUUGGAGAGGUGGAGGCUCAUUGUACUUUAAAAAAGAAAAAAAAAAUCUUAAUUUCAGAGGUUAGUGUUGGCAGAUUCGUUGUGCGACCAUGCUGCUACACUAAGGCUGUUACAUCCCAGGUUAAAAAGAAAGGAAAAAGGAAAAUCGAUGCAUACUUCUCUAUUUUAAUUUCCUUUUCACUAGAUGAGCUUGAAUGCAGUUUUUGAUUCUGGAGGAUGUGCUAGUGGUACCUCAGGUUGUGACGUUCCCUAUGAUGGGGUGAAGAUACUUUAUGGAAACGCAACGUAAGAAAAAAAAAAGCAGCUGGAUUGUGUUUUCACAAAUGUUUUUUCUUGUAGAUUUAAAUGAGUUACAGUAUUCUAUUUUGCAGAUUGUUGGUUAUGGCAGUGAUUGUUUGCAUUUUGUCAAUUGUUCAUAUCAGCACAACUCAUAAGGCCCAAGUACUGUUUUGAAUUGCUUAUUUAAACGCAGAGCACAUAUACUACAAAUUACCCAUUAAACACAUUUUGUGCCAAAGCACUCAACAUAGAGUUGUUUGACAAAUGUGACCUGACAGUCAUGUCCGAGGAGCAAAACCUAAUAACAUUCAACUUUAAUAAAGAUUAUCUUUAAUGGUGGACUCAACCAAUGUGUAGCUUAAACCAAGUCUGUUGUAUUUGAGCUGUUCAAUUGGUGAUGACUUUGGGAUUUUCUGUUUUUCACAUGUUGAUUUGUGUUUUUACUGGUUUUGCCAGCCAUGAAAAAAAAAAAGAUGAACCAGCACUACAUUCCUUCAUUGUCUAAGGGAUUGUUUUUAGGCAUAUAUUUGUUGGAUGUAUUUGACUCUUAUGGAGCCAUCAUGGUAGAGUGAUUUUCUUUUUAAACCUUGUAUUGUGUAGAUUGAGCCUAAAAUAAAUGGGAGUUAUUUUCUAUAUUUUGACUCUGAGUGAGUCCCGUCACUUCUCUCCACGUAUACGGACGAGUCUACAUAUCAGAUGUCGUACUGAAAACAAGUUCACAUCAUACUCGGACUCCCAGGAUUAGAAACAGUCAUGAAGUUUUCAAAUGAAUUGACUUCGCUGUCUUUGUGGUGAUUGUUCACAUGUGGCCAUUUAGAAAAAAAAGAA